AUGGCGGCUGCGAGACCACAUUCAGCUCAACAAGUUGAUCCAGUGGAAAGACUAAAAGAGGAGUACAAGGCGUGGAAACACAGUCAUCCUAAGGUUUUAUUUUUAAUUACUAUCGCGUCUAAAUUUCUAAGGAGAAAAUCGAGGAGGAGAUCUUGGAAGAAGGCCUCGUGUUUAGCUAUUGUACAGAACUUCGAGUAAUAUUCCCGCAAAGUCACUCCGGAAUUUCAGAUGGAAAACAGGAUUUCACCGGAAACACCAAUUGUUUUCUUCUCCUCAGCUCCUCCAACACAUGACUGAUUGAUUGUGUUGUUUUAAAAGGGCUAUUAUGUUUUGAAUGUGCUGCAAUAAUUAAUUCCUCAAUACUGUUUGUUCAUGCUCAGGACUUCAUUGCUAAUCCUGUAAAGAAGGACGGAGGAGAAACUGACUGGCUAACUUGGAGAUGUGGUGAGAUUAAGCGGUGGUGAAUUAAGUUCUACUAUAGUAGUUUUUUUGCCAUUUAAUAUUAUUUUUGGAAGCUUUGUUGAAAUUAAAUGAUUAAUUUAUAGUGAUCUAUUGCUGUCUUUGAACCCUGACUUUUAAGAACUUGAUAUUCUUUUUCUCCACAGCCAUUCCAGGACCAGAAAGGGUAUUAGUGAUAUUUACAUGCUAUCUAUAUAAAUCAAAUUACCCUCUGAGCAUGGUCACCUUCAAUGUACCAUAAAUGUAGAAAGACAUCACCAGCUGGGUACAGAUUUAUUAAAGCAAUAGAGUGCACUUUUUAUGAGCUUAUCAACACACUGAACCUCCAGGGAUAUUGGGAGAACACUUGAAAAAUUUGUUAUUCACCUCUGGCUUGUGAUUCCCACAUCUUAUCUUGUUCCCACAACAUCUUAAGUGGGUUAUUAUGCUGGUAAACUGGUAGAAAGCACAGUAAUGUGUAUUUCUUUUUUGAAAUACACUUCAGUUUUCCAUGGAUUUAUUACAGCAAUAGAUGAUAGGUUUUUAACCUAUCUUAGCUCUUAGUUUCUUGGUUUUUUCAUGUUAAACACAUUUAGGCAGCCAAGACCACUUUAGUUGCCUCAGAAACUAGAGAAAAAUUUUGAGAUCAAAUUUUCAAGGAAAGUUGCCAAUUUGAUGAUCUGUUUCUGCCAGUCUUACAGCAAGUUUUUAUGGUCUAAACACUAAAUCAUUUAAAUAGCAGAGACAAAAUUUUUUAAGGUUCCUAAAUGAAAACUUUGAAAAUAGUUGAGCUAGGAGUGCCCCAGUAUUUGACUUAUUGUGCAUCAUAUAUAAAACUUGAAUAACACUCUAGGUGGCUUGCUCUUACUCCCUCUGAUUGAGUGAAUGAGUGUAAAUGGCAUUGCCAACCUUAUUUUAAAACCUAGUUAACUGAAUAUGAAUUUGUGAAUGUUAACUUGCAUUUAAUUGUUUUUCAAAUUAGACAAUGUGGGAAGGUGGCAUGUACAAGCUAGAGCUUUCAUUUCCCCAAGACUAUCCAUUCUCUCCACCUAACUGUAAGUAAAUUCCUCCAACUUUUUUGCUUUUAAAAUUGAUCAUUUGCAUGCACGUAACUAUAAAGUUUCAAUUUGAAGGCCAAAAAUUGGUUUCACACUAGUUUGAUUUGUGUUUCCUCAAUGUUCCAGAUACACUACUGUAGUUCCUUAAACAAAUAGAAGACAAAUCAAACUCAGCUUAAAUUCAUUUUAGCCUGAAAUUUUAAAUUGCAACAUAUAUUCUUGUGAACAAUUGUAUUUGGUGCACCACUUUGUUAAUGAUGUCAUUGAUGGGUUGGUCAGUUUAUGGCCAUUAUUUCAUCAUACAGCAAGGAAGUGCAGGAAUGAAUAUUCAGCAAGCAGGCCUUUAUUGUGGCUGCUGCGCAACUUGGGCAAGGUAGUGGGAAGAAGGCAAAGGGUUUAGUCUCAUUUUUCAUGCCAGAUCCCUCAUAUACCUCCUGCUUGGGGGUGACAUAGGCAGCUAGCCUUUGCCGACUCAGUGGACUUAGAACUAUAGAAGAUGCCUGAGUGCAUUAUCUAAUAAUUUCAUUCAGUUGUGUGAAUAUCCAUGUAUUUACAUUGUAGGUGUGUUCAAUCCUGUGAUCUUGCAUCCAAAUGUUUUUCCAUCUGGUAAAGUUUCCUUGUCCUUGAUUGACAAGAAUAAAGGUUGGAAGCCACAAAUUACGACCAAAGAGGUACACUGUGAUUUAAAAGUUGAAGAUAAAUAUAGUUUGUGGUAAAAUUCUUAAGGAGGCAUAAAAACAUGAUCUGAUUCAAUACUUGGAACCUUUUAACAGUUCUGUAGGAAAUAACAAAACAAUGCCAGGGUUUUCAACCAGUAUGAGUUGGUUUGGAUCAUCAAAGUAACUUUCAUCAUCCUUCUCUUCCAACUACAUUAACCCUCUAACUCCCAAGAUCUGAUUGUUAAUUCUCCCCUCUAGCUGCUUCACAUUUCCUUGUAAAUAACUUUUGAGAAUUGGGUGCCAGAUCAAGAUAACAGCUUCCUGAUAAGUUUGAGUAUUCUCAUUACCUGUUUGUUGGAUAGUGCUUUGAUAUUGUAGGGAGAAGUUACUUGUUGAGGGUUAAGAUCAGAUAAAGCUUAUCCACAUUAUUUUGUCAAGUACCCCUAGUGACUUACCAUUCUUAUUUUACACCCUUAAUGCCCUUACAUCAGUAUGCAUAUUCUCCACAGUGUUCUCAAUGCAUUUCUUAAGGUGCUGACCAGGAGAAUUUGUUAAACAAUCAGGAGCUUCUUUUGUUGGUGAUCAUUUCCUUUUAACUAUUUUCCUGACCUUAAUGAGUGACUCAUUGCUGAUGUUGUAAAAAGAAAUUAGGUGUUCUUUACUUUUAAGGGUCAAAGGUUUAAAACAGUUCAUCUUUUGCAUAGAAAAAUAUCAGACACCAAAAGAGUGGUGUCAUACCAAAGUGCUUAAUGAUGCAAUUAAGGAUACAAAGUCACUAGGCUGAUAUAUGCUGAGGGACCCCAGAGUUGGAAUUGGUCCAUGCUGAAGUUUAGAGCAAAGUGUGUGUUUAAAGUGAGUGUGAUGUUUUGCUGUUAUGUCAUAUUUUUAUUUCCUGUUCAGGUUCUUCUUGGAAUUCAAUUGUUGCUUAGUGAACCAAACUUCCAUGAACCAGCACAGGCUGAAGCAUAUGUAGUGUAUUGGUGAGUUUGAUCUUGAUAAUUCAACUUAAGGAACACUUGGUAUUGUACUUGAGUUUAUUAAGCUCUUGGUAACAGUAGUUAUUCAAAGUGUUGUCAAAGAAUUGUUCAUUGUUUGACUACUUUAUAUCUUUUGAUGUACAAGCUAUUUGAAAUGUCAAGACCAAGUUGUCUUGUAAUCUAUCCUUUAUAGAGAACCUCAGCUACAAAACUGUUUGAAGGCAGAGUGCUGCCUCCCAUCUUUGGGCUGUUAUAGGUGUUCAGUUGGUGAAUUGUAGUGUAAUAGUACAGGAGUCACAUAUAGUGGAUAAAUCACCAAAUUUUGUCUUACUGAUGGUCUCAUUUUCUAUUCUUGCAGUCAAAGCAGAAUGGAAUAUGAAGAAAGAGUCAAGAAACAAGCUAAAGAAAUGACUGUAAAUGGCAACUGAAAAAAAACAAUUAUAUUUUUGCUUAAGAUAAUAGAUGCUCCAAGAAGGUUGUACAGACAGGGGACAUAAGGAAGUUGUUAUUAACCCAGACAGCAAGGCAGAUGAAUUUGUUUGUCUUGCAUAGGGUGUAAACAAUCCAGUGUGUGGUGUAAAAGGUGCCAGUGCCCAGAAGAAGGGCCAUACUGUAGACCCCUUUCCCUGUGAUGGUUACGAGAGGCAUGCUUAAAACAUAGUGGUAAGAGGUCUCAUAUGUGAUGGCGGACCACCAGUGACUGGCUUUUAUUGAAAUUCCUGGUUAAAGUUUGGCCCAAAAUUCAUUUCAUUAACAAACUAAGCCAUUGGGAUGCUCCUCUAUGAACAGAGUGCAAAUACAUUACAGUCUCAAAGGCAAAUGUUUAACUCUCAAGCUUUGAACAGUUUUGCACACAUUUCAUUUGUGCAUGUACUUACUGGUUAGAGGUGUAUUUACACAAGGAUGGAUGAAAUAAAGUUUACAUCCAAUAGAAUAUUAUUUUCCCGAACUGCUCCUAGGCUAAAUUAUCAUUAUAUCAUCAGUGUCUCACAAAAUUUACAUGAUAGCUUUGCAUUAGGUUCAACAGAGGGAGUAAACCUCUGACUGAAAUUCCAGAUAAACCCAACUUCUGCAUUGCAGUCAAAAUAAAAAAAGGAACAUCACCCAAACAUUGAAAAUUGAUUUUAAAACCUACCCAUGUCCAUUUCCCUGGAAAUAGGGUCCCAAGGUUUCCUAUGUGUCUUCAAUCUGGAAGAUGGGUUAUUGUUGGACCUAACCACAUGUUCUUAAAAAAAAAAUUGCUCACGCUAUGUCUUUGUUACACUCACUUCAGAAAACACAUAGG